GUGUGUGUGUGUGCGCGCGCGCGCGGCUGCUGUCAUUUCCCAUUCCCCUCUGGUUAGGAAAACUCUGUCUCAAGAGACCAGAGAGUUUUUAUUUCAUAUUGUUGUCGUGAUGGCCCCAGGAAAGGGAAGCGGUGGACUUGACAAUCUUGCAUUUGAAAGCUUUCCACAUUUGCAGCCUGUUAGGGAAACACAAUGGCAGAGAUGGGUGAACAAGUCGAUGGUCAACCCAGUGAAAAAGCCACCAAGACAAGUGGGAGCAGCUCUGAAGUCGAGGGCGGCAGAAAUAGACCAACAUAUUGCGUGACUGAUGUUCCGCCAUGGUACCUUUGUAUUUUCCUGGCCAUGCAGAAUUACCUGACAGCAUUUGGUGGGAUUAUCUCCAUCCCGCUCAUUCUCUCGGAGGGACUGUGUCUGCAGCACGACAGCCUGACCCAAGGUCGCCUCAUUAACACCAUUUUCUUUGUCUCUGGCCUGUGCACCCUGAUGCAAGUCACAUUCGGUAUCAGGCUUCCCAUCAUUCAGGGGGGUACAUUUACCUUGUUGACACCUGCCAUGGCCAUAUUGUCCAUGCCAGAAUCGCAGUGCCCAGCUUGGACUCAGAACGCCAGUCUGGUCAACACCUCCUCACCCAUCUUCAUAGAAGUGUGGCAGACGCGCAUGAGAACAUUGCAGGGCUCUAUCAUGGUGGCCUCUCUCCUCCAGAUCUUGGUCGGUUUCUCUGGCCUCAUCAGUUUCCUGAUGCGCUUCAUUGGCCCGUUAACCACGGCUCCCAUUGUCUCUCUCAUAGGCCUGUCACUGUACGACUCAGCUGGAAGCAGGGCUGGCAGCCACUGGGGCAUCUCUGUUAUGACCACAGCGCUGAUCAUCCUGUUCUCCCAGUACCUCCGUUUAAUUCCAAUCCCGGUUCCUGCAUACAGCAAAACCAAGAAACUGCACACCUCAAAGUUCUUUAUCUUCCAGAUAAUCCCUAUUUUGCUGGGCAUUGUGGUCUCAUGGUUAGUCUGCUACAUCCUCACCAUCUAUGAUGUCCUACCAUCUGAUCCAGCUCAAUACGGCCACCUGGCCCGCACCGAUGUGAAGGGAAAUGUGGUCGGCGAAGCUUCCUGGUUCACAUUUCCUUAUCCUGGUCAGUGGGGGCAGCCCACGGUGAGCCUGGUAGGCGUGUUCGGCUUGAUGGCGGGAAUAAUAUGCUCCAUGGUCGAGUCUGUGGGUGACUACCCUACAUGUGCCAGGCUGUCGGGGGCACCUCCUCCGCCCAAGCACGCCAUCAGCCGGGGCAUUGGUGUUGAAGGGCUUGGCUCUCUGUUAGCUGGGGCUUUUGGCACAGGCAACGGCACCACCUCAUUUAGUGAGAAUGUGGCAGCCCUCGGUAUCACCAAGGUGGGCAGCCGAACUGUGAUUCUCGUCAGUGGAUUCUUCAUGAUUUUGUUGGGGAUGCUUGGUAAAAUUGGGGCUGUUUUCACCACCAUCCCCACCCCUGUGAUUGGAGGAAUGCUCAUGGUCAUGUUUGGAGUAAUAGCUGCUGCUGGGAUUUCUAAUCUACAGUCCACAGACAUGAAUUCCUCCAGGAACAUCUUUGUUUUUGGCUUUUCCAUAUUUUCUGCACUCAUCAUCCCAAACUGGUUCAUGAAGAAUCCUGAUUUCAUAGACACAGGUGUGAAGGAGGUGGACCAAGUGUUGCAUAUACUGCUGACCACCCAUAUAUUUGUAGGAGGGCUCCUUGGCUUCUUCCUUGAUAACACAGUUCCUGGGACUAAACGUGAACGUGGCCUCCUAGACUUGGACAAAGCGCUUCUUGAGGACUGUGGCAGCACCUUGGGCAGUGACGAGGUGUACGACCUUCCGUUUGGCAUAACCUCUUGCCUCGCAUCCCAGUCCUGGGUUCGCUACAUCCCCGUCUGCCCAUGGAAGGGCCACAAGUCUCAGUCUGAGGACAACACUGUGUCACAGAACCAGGGAGAUCAGCACAGCACAGAGGUCACGGAAGAAUUUGCCCUAUAAGGUCUGAUGUCAAGAGGUUGGUUAAUAAAAUAUUUAAAACAA